AAACGAUAUUUAUCAUUUCCCGCGGUAGUGCAGCGCGUGCGCAUAGACUCGUUAGAAAAUACUCAAUCUAUACAACUAUAGUUAUCUAGAAUGGGAGGUAAUUAUUCAGCAAUGGACCCGAUGGACGUCCCUGUGCCAGACAUCGAAAAAUUAUUUAAUCGCGAUGGUUAUUUAAAGCCAUAUGAAAGAGAGAUACGCCGCCGAUAUGCCUGCUUUAGAGAUAUUUGGGAGAAGAUGGAGUCGUGGGAGGGAGGAAUUGAAGGUUUCACAACGGCAUAUAAGUUUUAUGGACCUCAGUUUGGUUCCGAUGGAUCUGUAACCUGGAGAGAAUGGGCCCCUGGUGCACAUUCCAUACAUCUUCAAGGGGACUUCAAUGGCUGGAAUCCAAAGAGUCAUCCAUUCAAGAAACUAGAAUUUGGUAAAUGGGAACUUUAUAUUCCACCAAAUAGUGAUGGUUCCUGUCCUCUUAAACAUCAAACUAGGGUACAGAUAAUUGUUAAUGAUCAUUUGUACAGAGUGUCUCCAUGGGCUAGCUAUGUAAAACCCCAUGAAGGCUUUACAUAUCAACAAUUCAUUUACAAACCAGAUAAUCCCUACAAAUUCAAAAACCCAAAAGUGGACAGGCCAAAAUCACUGCGUAUCUAUGAAUGCCAUGUAGGCAUUGCCACUACAGAGGGACGAGUUGGAACAUAUACAGAGUUCAAAGACAAUGUGCUACCGAGAAUAAAAAAUUUAGGAUACAAUGCAAUUCAAUUGAUGGCUAUAAUGGAGCAUGCAUAUUAUGCGUCCUUUGGAUAUCAAAUAACUAGCUUCUUUGCUGCUAGCAGUCGCUAUGGAACCCCAUGUGAGCUGAAGGAGCUUAUAGAUAAGGCCCACGAGAUGGGUAUAUAUGUUUUAUUAGAUAUUGUUCACUCGCACGCCUCUAAGAACACACUUGAUGGACUCAAUGAGUUUGACGGGACCACAUCAUGUUUCUUCCAUGAUGGACCGAGAGGAACACACGCACUGUGGGACAGUCGAUUGUUCAAUUAUUCUGAAAUUGAGGUGCUACGAUUUUUACUUUCCAAUCUGCGAUGGUAUCAACAGGAGUAUCAGUUUGAUGGCUUUAGAUUCGAUGGGGUAACUUCAAUGUUAUACCACAGCCGUGGUAUCGGUGAGGGCUUCUCUGGUCACUACGACGAGUACUACGGCCUCAAUGUUGACACAGAAGCUCUAGUUUAUCUUAUGUUGGCCAACGAAAUAGUACACAACGCGGAUAAUAGGGCUAUUACAAUCGCUGAGGAUGUAUCGGGCAUGCCGGCAACAGGCCGUCCUGUGAAGGAAGGUGGUACUGGUUUUGAUUACAGGCUGGGAAUGGCUAUCCCAGACAUGUGGAUUAAGUUGCUCAAAGAGGAGAAGGAUGAAGACUGGAAGAUGGGCCAUAUUGUUCAUACUCUCACCAAUAGACGCUGGAUGGAGGGCACCGUGGCAUAUGCAGAAAGUCACGAUCAGGCGCUGGUGGGUGACAAAACGAUCGCGUUCUGGCUAAUGGACAAGGAGAUGUACACGCACAUGAGCACGCUGAGCGAGCCCAGCCCAGUGGUAGAGCGCGGCUUGGCGCUACACUGUAUGAUACGACUCAUCACACAUGCGCUCGGCGGAGAAGCUUACCUCAAUUUUAUUGGUAACGAAUUUGGUCACCCUGAAUGGUUAGACUUCCCCCGGGCUGGUAACAACUCAUCGUAUCAUUACGCACGUCGCCAAUGGAAUCUGGUGGACGAUGAUCUGCUCAAAUACAAGUUCCUGAACCAGUUCGACAAGGACAUGCACGCCUUGGAAGAGAAGUACGGCUGGCUGCGAUCUGAUCCAGGCUAUGUAUCGUGCAAACAUGAAGGGGAUAAAGUGAUAGCGUUCGAACGUGCUGGACUGUUGUUCGUGUUCAACUUCCACCCAUAUCAGAGCUUCACGGAUUACAGAGUUGGUGUGAACGUUCCUGGAAAAUACCAGGCGGUAUUAUGCUCGGACAGUAAAAAGUAUGGUGGAUUUGGUCGCGUCGAGCCAGAUGGAGAGUUCCAUUUCACUAUGAAUACUCCUUGGGGCAAUAGAAAUGAUUCUGUACAGGUAUAUAUUCCAUGCCGCACAGCAAUUGUCUAUGCUAAGUGUGAUUAAUAGAUAAUGUCUAUAUAAAAGUAAAUGAGUUGAAAAUAUUUUACUGGAAAAAUUUCCUGAAUACAGUGUAGUGUCAUGGCCAUAUUAUUGUUAUAAGAAUAGUAUAUGCUUAAAUAUCUUAUUCAUAAAAUUUUCAACGCAAUAUAUUGCCAUUUAUUGUAUUGUGUUCCAAUAUUUAUUUUAAACUUUAUCAGCCAUUAUCAUAGUUUUCUACAUUAAUUGUUAUACUUAUUAAAAUAAAAAUUCAAAGAUCUAGAAAACAUAAUAUUUAUUAUUCUUAUAAUAAAAAGUGCUUGCAUCGGUUGCUAUAAAUAUUUUUAAAUGUACGCAAAAUGUGUUGUUUGUAAGAGAAGUACAUAAAUUUAAAGAAAGUUUAUUUUAUAAUAUACAGUGGCGUAACUUUGGGAAAGCUGUUGGGAUUAUGGCUCCGGGCUGCAUAAGAAAGGGGAAUUAUAAGUUAAGAACAAAUAAAAAUACAACUUAGUUAUUUCUAAUAGCGCGCCUGUAUUUGACUCAUAGACUACAGACUAGUAACAGACGGAUGGACACAGGAAGUCUUAGUAGGUCCCAUUAUAUCGUUUGGAUAAAAGUAUCCGUAACUCCAGUCAGCCCCGAGCAGCGAUAAAUCGCGCUAUGCCACUGUAAUGAUAUUAAAAUGCAAUGCAUACAGAAAAUUAUAACAGUUGUUUAUAAUUUUUGAAAUAAAAGACUUUGUUGAUUAGUACAAAUAUAUUUUAUUAUAUAAGUAAAUAAAGCAUGUUAAAUUA